AAUUUUGAAUAAUAUGGAUUUAUGUUUUUUUGUUUACAGCAUUUAAGUACAAAGCCAAAAUUUGGUUUACUUUUUGAUAUUGAUGGCGUCAUAAUACGUGGAAAACAAAUACUACCACCAGUAAAAGAGUCUUUCAAACGGCUUCAAGGGGACAAUGGAAAAUUUCGGGUUCCUACAUUAUUUGUCACCAACAGUGGAAAUUCAUUGCGCAAACAGAAGGCAGCAGAACUAUCAAAAUGGAUAGACAUUAAAGUCACAGAAUCGCAAGUUGUUCUAGCUCACUCACCAUUGCAGAUGUUUGAUUAUCUUCACAAUAAACAAGUUCUCAUAUCGGGUCAAGGUCCAAUAACAGAUAUAGCUCGAGAAUUGGGUUUCAAAAAGACGACAACUAUAGAGGAAUUAGUAAAAAACUUUCCAUGUCUGGAUUAUAUAAAUGUGAAGAAAAGAAAUCCAAUCUGUGGCCCGGUUGAUCCAAAUUUCCCGCAAAUUGAGGGGCUUUUACUCUUAAGUGAACCGAUAAAUUGGGAAACAUCAUUGCAAUUAAUGGUAGAUCUUUUAGUUACCAAUGGGAUGCCCACAGGAUUGCCUGCUGUUAUUCCAUACCCGCACAUUCCAGUGUUGGCAUGCAACAUGGAUUUGCUAUGGGCAUCAGAAGCACCAAUUCCUCGAUAUGGUCAUGGUGCUUUCUUAUUGUGUCUUGAAAACUUGUACAAGAAAGUUACAGGCAAAAACAUGACGUAUGCUGCUCUAGUCGGAAAACCUAGUGAGAUUACAUAUUAUCAUGCCAAUCAAAUGCUCGUUAAUCAUGCUAGAAGUAUUGGCAUUGAUAAUAUCGACACAAUUUAUGCUAUUGGAGACAAUAUCAAUACUGAUAUUUUUGGCGCAAAUCUAUAUGAUAAGUAUUUAUCUCACUACGAAUCUGGAGAGGGUACCAAGUCUCGAAGUCUAGAGAAACUUCUUGGGAAAAACAUGAAGGAGCCUAACGCAAAGGCAUGCAUUAGUAUUUUAGUCGAGACCGGCGUGCAUCAGCGUGAUUCCAAGUUUACACCUGAACACAGUCCUAGAGAUUUUUUGCCGGUUGACGAUGGCCUAUGUAAACCGGCAUUUAUCGUAAAGGACGUGGGACAAGCUAUUAAUCUUACUUUUAAAGAAGAAAAGUUUGAAUGAUUUAGCGCAUAAUAGAUAACUUUGGGAUGUUUACAUCCUUAUAUCAUAAAAGAGAAAAAGAGAGUGUGUGACUGAAAGAGAGAGAGAGAGAAAAAGAGAAAGGAAAUAUGCAAGAUAAUAUGAGUAUUAUAGCAAAUAAUCCUUUAGAAAAUGUUAAUCUUCAUCAUAGACAAUGUUUCGCAAUAGAGAAACAGAGAAUAGCAUAGGAGAGGCUAUAAUACAUUAUGAGAAUAUAUAUAUUUAAUUUACUCCCUUUUCAAUCUUUCUGAUUCUUUAAAACCUGCCUACUUAAUGAAAAAACAAACAGCAGGCUAAUUCAGCAAAUUAUAUCAAUUACAGAAAGGAUUACACUCAGAAGCGAAAUAAAUUCAGAUUAAUUUAUAUUGUAGAUAGAAAAAAAA